GCCCUCUCUGAAGUCUGGAAGUCAAGCACUUUCUGGAGUAGCUGUGAAGUCACCCUCGGGUUUGGAAGGCUGCUGUUACCGUGGGACUGCUGAUAAGGCUGAUGGAGUCUAGGAUCUUUUACCUUGAAAGAGAAGGACCUGAAGGUCCCCAUGUGGCUGUGCUCAUGCCACUGCUGGAAGACCAUAAUCACUCCAGAGUUCCUGGGCUGAUAUCUAAAUUGGGAAUGUGGGAAGAUUGAGAAAUGUCACCAAAUACAGCAAACAAGCAACCUUGCUUUUGGAGGUUCCAUCCACAGCAGCAGAGAUUGACAUGGGCCAGCAGUGUUGUGGUGUUUGCUGGAAAGGAUUCCUUGCUUUAGAGGUGGUGCCACCAGGAAAGAAUGAUGAGUGGACUGAACCUGCCAAAGGUGACAGAAACUAAAAGCUCAGUGUUUCUGUUUGUGACCCGUUGUGAAGUUGGGUUCUCUAAGGAAGAGACAAAAAUGAGCACACUUGCAUUGGAAUGACAGCACUUUGGUUUUGAUCCAUCAGAGGAAACUGGCAUCACGUCACAGAGCUGUGUCAUCCUCAGGUGUAGUCAGAAGACUUCAGCCUAUCAAGCCCAUUUUUUGGCUUUGAGGCUGGAACAGCACUCAGGAAAAUCUAUCUGCUGCAGGAAACAUUCCUACCUGUCAGUCGUAGCCUGUCCUCACAGUCGUGCAGUGGAUUCCCAGGGUUGUGUUCAGGUCUGUGCUGUUGUGUGAAAUGGAUUAAGAGAAUGAAAGAAGCUGCCCUGACACAUCACAGAAAGCACGUUUCUUUCUAAAUCAAAGAGUUCUUCCAAUAGCAAUGGCCUUCUGGAAGCACGAUGCUGGAAUGCUGGAUUUCUGCUGUGUGAGUGUGAUUGGGGAGCAUCCACCAACAGCAUCCCAUGUUCUUGAGUUGGAGGGCCUCACCUCUAGUGCUGGAAGGAAGCUGUCUCUCUUUCCAAAAUGACUUCUGGAGUGCCUGGGGUUAAAGGAGAAGAGGAAGAGCACCAAGACACCUGAGCGAGACUGUGAUGAGGAUGAAGGGUCAAUUAGUGGCUGUUGAGCAAAUCAUAGAGCUGCUGCAUCCUUGUAAUCCUAUAGACUUGGACCCUCUCUGCCAAUCCUGGCAGUGCUCUCCGGAAUAGAUGUAAGUAGAGCAGCACAGCACAGUGCAGCUCUGCUGAUCCGUGUCCUGCAGCUCCUGGCAGUGCACCUGGCUGCCCGGGAACAGAUGUGAUUUCCACUGCACUUCAUGAAACAGGUGCUUGUCAAAUGAGAUGGCUGUGAACAUUGUUCAGUGCUUCCUGUGGCUAUAAAAAUACCCUUCACCAGCACUCAGGCUGGAUUGUUCCGGAAAAGCUAGGAGCAAAUCCUGUAGCUAAGCCUGCCUUUCCUUUUGUUGAGUUGUGGAAACAGAGAGGGGCAAUGGGAGGUGAGCAUGUGGCUUUAUGUAUUAUCAUCUCUGGGUAUUGGGGGUGCUAUUUUUGCUUCCUUCAGGGAAAAGUUAAAUAUUCUGAUUCAGACAUUCACGACGGAUGGCUUUUAAGGGAGAAAGUGGAAAGGUGUUGCUGACAUCUGGUCUCUGCUCCUGGCUCCUGGAGAUACAUAGGUGUUUUCUUUGGGAAAUUUGAUGGUAGCAUGGUGGAUAAAGCUGGAGAACCCCACGGGCAGAGGAGAUAGAAGCUGCCAUGGCUUUGGUCAGCCACUGCUGCAAUAUUUCAGGGCUGCAAAGGUUUCAGGGGUCACAGCCUCUGCUACAAACAGUUGGAUGAUUUUUAGGAAGGGCAUUCACUGUCUUUGUUCUAUGCCUGCUUUGCUUAUGCAGUGUAGGGACCAGAUUGCAUGUGUGUGCCCUCAGGACCAAGCUGCAGUGCUGGGAAGGUCCAGACUCAGCAGUGUAGUGCCCUGCUGGGGAGCCCACGUCCAGCCAGAGGGCUGAAUCCGAUGCUUUCAGAUGGCUGCUGUUUUCUGUUGGGUGGUUCUCAUCUGUCCAACACGUACGUCUGGGUUUUGGCACAGGGAGUUGCUCCCAUGUCAUUGUCUGAUGGAAUUGGCCAGGUUUCAUUCAAUAGAUUGCGCUGUGCAUUGAGCUGCCAUCAGCACAGAUGCUUUGUGAAGAGGGAGCCCAUUUAACGAGCGCUUCGUUUCUCCCUCUCUGCCCACUGUGACCUUCAGAGUUGGAGCCUUUCUGGGUGCUGUGGCUCCAGUCCAAGCAGAGAAAGCCCAGCCUGCUGCUGGCACUGAGCUCCUGGGAGUCGGACUGGAACACGAGGAGAGGAUUUCCCAGUAUUUCCAGACGUGACCUUCAGAGCUGUACAAAUGCUAGUAUUAAACUCAUUACAGGCGAAGCCCUCCCGGUGACCUCGCACAGAUAGCUCUCCCCCUGCUCUUUAUCUGGCUUUAUUUCCGAGACAGAUAAACGAUGCUAAUAACCCCUCUCCAGCCAAAAGGGAAAAAGAGCACGGCCCCCUCCCCUGACUCCAACAGAACCCAGCAAGGAAACCUCGAGCUGCAUCUCCACAACCGGGAGGAGCCCCGCGUUGGGGUUGGGGCCGGCGGUGAGGGAGGGCCCGCGCAUGCCUGCCGUGAGCCGGGCCCCCCGCCCGGGCGAGGCUGAGCUCCGCGCAGCCGUUGCCGGCCGUGGGGUUGCCGAGAGCCGGCGGAGCGCGGCUCGCUCUCUCCCGCAGCCACCUGCUGCUCCCGGAGCCGCCCCGCCUCGCCCCGGCCCUGUCCGUGGUGCUGCCGCCGGAGCGCGGAUCCUCGGAGCAUCCUGUUGCGUUGUACGGGAGGAGCUGAGCCCGAGGGAUGAUGAGCUCCUCGCUCGGAACAAUGGCUGCGCUGCCGAGGCUGCUCUGCGCUUCUUCGGCCGCUUUGGUCGUUUGGGCUGGUUUUUGUUCUGCAGUAUGUGUUGAAGUUCCAUCAGAGACAGAGGCAGUCCAGGGCACGGACAUGAAGCUGCUCUGCAUCUCCUGCAUGAAGAGGGAAGAGGUCACAGCCAGCACAGUGGUGGAAUGGUUCUACAGGCCGGAGGGUGGCAAAGAUGAACCCAUCUACGAGCACAGGAAAAUGAAUCACGAGUUUCCAAGCCGCUUCAGUGGUCGGAUACAAUGGAAUGGCAGUAAAGACAUGCAGGAUGUAUCCAUCACUGUGUUAAAUGUCACCUUGAAUGAUUCGGGUAUCUACACCUGUAAUAUCACCCGGGAGUUUGAGUUUGAGAUUCACCGGCCUCUCUUCACAAGCUCCAGAUUGAUCCACCUCACCGUGGUGGAGGAGGCUGGAGAAGACUUCACCUCAGUCAUCUCUGAAAUCAUGAUGUACAUUCUGCUGGUCUUCCUCACCUUGUGGCUACUGAUAGAAAUGGUCUAUUGCUACAGGAAAGUCUCUAAGGCAGAGGAGGCUGCCCAGGAAAAUGCGACAGACUACCUUGCAAUUCCAUCAGAAAACAAGGAAAACUGUGCCGUGCCUGUAGAGGAAUAACAGAGAGGUAUCUGCAGAGUGCACAGCACCAAGGGGCUCUGAAGACAGAAGGAUCACGUCAUGCCAGCCAGGUUUGAGGGGGAGCUCUACGCCAUCAGGAGGAAAUACGGGGAAGUGUAAAUUCUCUUCCAUUUGCCUUGGACUCUGUACAGCCUUGACUUUGGCCUCAUGACUCCAUUCUGAGCUGCCAGCCCAUUUGUUACAGGACUCUCCUUUUGAAGCAUGCUGAGCAAAGGGCACAGGGGGUGUGGGCAGCACGGCUCCUUCCCAAGUUUCAGUUCCAUCAUCACGUUAAUGGCUUUGUAACAGUUAAUGUCAUUUCUUAGCUGCUAUCACCACCACCUUUAUUUGCAAAAUAUGCUAGUUCUCCAUUGCAGACAUAAAGGGUAUGUGUAUUGUUACUCUGACCUGCAGGACUGGGAAUAUCUUCAUCUUAAGGUGAUGAUGUUCCACCACAGCCCAGGAUGUGACUAUAGGUGUUAAACAGGAAGAGUUUAAUUAGUGUAGUUGUUGCUCAGUAAGUUCCUUUGGACUUUGGGCUGCUAGGGUAGAUGCAGAGUAGCAUGAGAACUAUAAAUGCAUUCAAACAGAUAAAAAUGUGUAGCAGAAAGAUGAGUCCCUGUGCUAUGGUCACACCUGCUUCUGAAGGAGGGAGCUGAGAAUAUAAAUCCUGAAGUACUCCUAAUUUGGGAGGCUGCAUAACGUAAGUAUAAGAAUCCCCUGUCCCAUCCCUUCCACUUAGCAAGAGUUGAAAUUCUUAGUUCCUUCCAUUUGCCUUGUGCAGCAGGUUUACUCCUCCAGCAUACAGAGACAGUGAUAGGAAUAACCUGUGGAGCCGUGUUCAGCAACCACAGGGGAGCCAGUAAGACAAGGUACGCCUUUAACAUAUUUCUGGGGGAUGCUCUGAAAGGAAGAACAGGCAAGGAAAGUAACUAGGAUGCAUAGCCCUCUGAGUGGGACACGGCUUUGUAAAAUAAUCCUUGCAGUUGUGAUGGUCGUCUUAUACUGUAUUGCAGCACCACCCAGAGGAAUAGAAAGAAAAUGCUUGUUUUUCCCUAGUCUGCAGUAAUUCUGUUUUGUGAUUAGUCACCGAUUUGAAUAGUCAGUAUUCAUUGUAAAUGACACAUUUCUGCACAGGAAAUACCUUGUAAAUUCAAUGGCACCUAUGCAAAUUUACCUUCUAAAUCUUAGUGGCUUAAGCAGAGUGCAAUUAGUUUGCUGGCUUUGAGUGUAGAUCAGUUGAGCACAACCACCAGGAUUAUGAGGGAAAAAACAGGCAGAAAUAUUGGCCAGGGUAAAGUUGUACUUUAGGAUGAAGUGGGGAAAGAUUGAGGGGGUUUUUUUCAUAUGGGAGAUGUUGUUACAUCCCUGCUGCAAUGGAGCCUUUGUUGCUUGCAAGAGCUGACAAAUUUUGCUACACCGACUGCUUCUAAGUACUCUGAAGUGCUUGUGAAUCUCAAGGCAUGCUCUGUACAUACGGGAUUUCCCCUGCUUAUGUUCUGCUGCAGUUUGUGUUGCUAAAAACCAUAGAAAUGUCUCCAUUUGUAAGUCAGGUCCAGGCCGGAUUUCUAACUGGCCGUUGUUCAAAAUUCCCUUUUUAGGAGCAAGUUUCAACUUUAGCCAGCUGUUACAAUGCAGUUCACAGAGCUGAGUCUGGCAACCUGAGCACGUUUUGCAGCUGAAUCACGCUUGUAGUCUGGGCACCUUAAACUCUAAUACCCCCCAAAUGCCUCCUCUUCUCAUUCUGCUGGGUGUCUUCAUUUUCCCUAGGCCAUCUUGCCUGGCCUCAGGGCAUUUGGGGGCAUAAUUCUAACUCUAGAUCCACAGAAACAGAGGAGCUGGCCCUGCAGUUUCCGUCGCUGAUCAUGGCACUAACACCCAGGGUGAUUUUUAGGUAAGGCCAUUAAACCCCUCUCCCACUUCAGCCGUGUUCCUCCCAGCCCUUGUGAAGUGCUGAUAACCUUCUGAUGGUACAACGUUGAGCCAAAAGAAAACCAAAAAAAGGUGUAAACUGUUUCUUGAGAGCGACCUCGGGUGGUAAGGGAGGGCUGUCCUGUAGUCCUGCACCUUGUGCUAUUUUACACACAUCUUCUUUAGAUGCUUUUUUGGACACAUCUUUCACUUUUCCAGUUCCUGCAUCUGACUAUUGCCCUGUGUUGUCCUAGAUGGGAAAAUGGUGUCUAAAUUUUGCUCAGGAUUCCAACGGGGAAAAAAAAAAGGUUGGUUUAUUUCAAGGGCAGCAUUAAAGGCAGGUUAUGUCCUGGGAGAGACGGUCCUGGUUGGGAUCUGAAGAGACCUUCUCUGUGUAUCUGGAAAUGAUAGAAAAGCCUAGAAGCAGGCAGGACAAUAAAAAGAACAAAGCACUCACAAGUCA